AUGCACGACCAAAUGAUACUAUCUUUAAUAGCUAGAAUAGGUUUAAAGUUACCAUGUAAGAGCGGUAAAAAGCUAGAUACUUUAGAAGCGGAUAGUCUAGUACAACAUAUAGUAAAUGCUAUUGUUGAUUUAUCACGGUACAAACUUGCAACAAUUGUACAGAAUUUGUCAAAACUCUUGGAAGAAAUUUCAGAGUCUACUCCAUCUGAAUUUGUGGAUUCUCCACAUUCAGAACACCUCCAAUCACAAUUACUCAUCUUAAAAAUUCUCUCUGCUUGCAUGACUGCUCAUUGGAAAUAUUAUCGAGGAAUGCAAUUGGAAAUAUCAUCAUCGCAAUCACCUAUCACCGAUGAAUCAUCAAAAUUACCAAAAUCGUGGGAUGAUCCACCAACUUUAGAUGAAAAGUUAGCAAAAUACAUUCUAAAGGUUUUAUCUCGCUUUCUUUAUCUGAUGGCUUCUCAAGAAGAUAAUAAUCCCAAUAUUCAAGUUGGACCAAGUGGUGGUAGGAGUGAAAACUCUAUUCAUAAUAUAAAUUCUCAGGCUGCUUGGUCUCCGGCGAUAUACGACCUAGUUAGUGAUAUAUUUAAAAACGCCGGACGCGUAAUAUUCUAUAUCUCUGCAUCGAACUGGGAGGUGGUUUUUGCAAGGAUUAGGGCUCGAAUUGCAUUUUUAUCUGCUACUGAUGAUGAGUGGCCCGACACAUCAGAAUUAAAAGUACUAGAAUGUUCGGAUUUAAAUUCGACAAGAUUGUCUAUGAUAUUACAAGCAAUGGCGGUUGUACUUCGCAAAGCCAUAUGGAAUUGGAUAGAAGUCUUUCCCGCGGAAUUUGUUAAAUUAUGUCAAUCACAAGCAAGCAUGGAUGGCGCAUCCAGCCUAUUUGAUAUUAUUGCUAAAAAAGAUAGGAGUUUAUUUUGGCCUGUUCAAACUAUGUUGUUGAUCCUUUGUCCUGAUAAGUUAAUGAGUGCCAUUAAAUCAGACAAAUCUGCCAAACAAACCAUUCUUAAAAUACAAUUUUUUGAUACUCUCAAAAGAUCUUUAAGGAAUAAAAAUGCAGAAGUUGCUGCAGUAUGUUAUGUAGAUAUAUUCAAAGCUUCCACCUAUGUAAAAAACGAAGCAUCUGCACUUCGCUUGAUAGUACCGGAUAUAGAAAAUGAGUUAAAAGAAACGCUUUUUGAUCCAAAUCGACCAUUCCCCAAUGAGCAAAAUGUUGAUCAAAAGCUUAUGACCGAUUGUCUUACGGCUUUAUUUAGAAUAAGCCCUGGAAACACUUUGCGCUCUUUAAUUCCAACUUGCGUGCAUGAAAAUGUACCAAAUGCUUUCAAGUUGGUUCUUGUUAAAAGUUGCUAUUCUAUCGCUUCAGAGGAAUCUCGAUUCCCCUGGAGCCCCAAAAUUAAGUCGAUGUAUCCAUUUUUGGCAGAUCCACUUCGUAAAUUAUUCCUGGAUCUCAUUAAUGCUCGAACUAUGCCUUCAGAUACUAAAAAGCCCCAGAAGAAGAUUUAUGAAGAUUAUCAAGAGAGAUCCGAAAUUAUUUUAAACAUAUUAAAAUUAUAUCGGAAUGAACCAUAUCUGGCGAUUGUGCAGGAAAAGUAUGGGCAAGCAAUCGACAAUCAAUCUAUUAUACUCGGGAUCAUGAAGUGUCUAAAUGAUACCAAUGAUUCCAUUAAGACUACCGCAAUUGAGACUUUAUUAGAACUUCACACCGUUGAUCUUAUAAAUUUAUGGGGGCCUGAAGAAAAUAAAAUGCACAAUUUUUGGUCUAUAAGUUCUAAAAUAACGUGUGCCGUCGCAAAGCAAAUUAUAGGAAUGCAUAAAUAUGAUGCAAUCAAAUUAGAACUUUUGUACCAACUUUUAAUGCGACGUAAUGAAUUUCUUAGUACAGCUCACAAAGCCGAGCUAAUUACUCCAAUAAAUGUUCCAGAACGAUUAACUUCAAAUAUACAACUUGAGAUUGCUUUGCUGGUCUCUUUAUGUUCUUCUGAAAUAGAAAUAUGUUCUUUGUCAAUUAACUGUUUUUCUGAGUUAUGUCGAGAAGCAAGAAUUACAACCGAAAAUUUUGCAAUUGAUGAGGAUGAACCACAAGAAUUGCCAAUAUCUCCUCAAAUCACAAUUGUUGAUAAUUGGAAUGUAUAUACAGAAUUAUCAGUUUCCCCAUAUAUAGUUCCUGGUCGGAUGUCACAACAAAGGCGCAUUCGUAAAUUAUUACGCCUGAUGACUCGUCCUACAGCUGGCAAUUUUGGUGCAUGGGAAGAAGCAUGGAACAGAUGGAAAGAUCUUACAGAGAUAAUUGCAAAGCCAUCUGAAGAGUCAAUUCCAUUAAGUCCAAUACCACUAAAAAAAGGUAUAAUUGGACUGUUCCCCGGUCCAAAAGGGAGUCCACCCGUUGCCCCGGUUCCUGAUAUUAGUGAGUCGCAAUCUGUAGAAUGGCAUAAUUAUACAGGAUUUCUUGCCGCAUUAGGUGGUUGUUGUGUUAUUGAAAAGACAAAUUCAAGAUAUGGGCGAACUUUAGGGAUUUCUAAUCAAAGAAUUUCUAUUCCUUCCAGUGACUGUAUGGCAAAGGUCGAAAGAUUUGUUCAAGAGAUGGUUUCCUUACUGGUUAGCGGUACAAUUUUUGUUCGAGAGACUGUGAAAGAUACUCUUGGAAAUGAAUUGAGUCCGAGGUUAUACGUUAUUCUUUUCAGUCAUUUAGAGUCAAUCGUUUCUCGCUUCUUUGAUAAAGAUGGAGAAGCCACUCCUAAUGAGAGAUUCACGCUCUUUAUAGAGCAAGCAAUAUCAGUCUUAAAACUGAUAUUAGAACGAAUUUACGAUGUCUCUGACAAUUUAUAUUCGUGUGAUCUUGGUGGACUAGUUCUUUCAUUUGCUCGUUACCUAAAUAGGUUAAGCACGAGUAACACUUCUCUUCGUAUAAAAAAGAAAAUGUGUCAACUUGCGGAACUUUUGAUGUUGAAGAAAGAAUAUGUUAACCUUCGUCAGGAGAUUAAGUUGCGCAACAAAUUAAUAGAAAUAAUUAUGGAGUGGACUUCUGAUUCUUCAAUGAAGUCCGAUAAUUCAAAUUAUGUAGAAAAUAAUACUACUCUUAAUAAUAAAAGUGAAAGAAGCGAAAAAUUGCACAGAGAUUUGGAUCAAGGGUGCUUAAAAACAAUUGUAGCUCUUUUGCAACAGUUGCCAUUACAACCAUCUGAAACCCCUCACGAAUCAGAAAUCAGUUCGAUCAAGUCGAAAAUGUUUUAUAAAUACUUUUCGUUCUUUAUCAAGCUGUUGAACAGAUGUAGAAUUUUAGAGGCAAUUGAUAGUGGAACACAUUCGGCUAAAAAUAACCAAGAUCUACAAAUGUUGUUAUCAAAGGUGUCUAUUUCAACUUUAUCCAAGGAAUACGUCAAAGAUUUAGGACCUUUGAAAGAGUAUACUAUUUUAGCACUAAGUAAUCUUUUGAGCGCAAAUGUGGAUUCGGGUCUUAAAUUUUCACUCUCCAUGGGAUACCAUGAAGAUUCAAAAACCAGGACUGCUUUCAUGCAAGUUCUUACCAACAUUCUUAAUCAAGGGACUGAAUUUGAGGGAUUGGAUGAGAAUGCUAUGAAAGAAAGAUACAAUAGAUUGGUUGAGGUUGUUACAAAUUCAGACCUUGAUAUUGCACUCUCUCUGUGUGAAGUUUGUCACGUUUCUGAACAAGACGAAUCAACUAAAGUCUUGAUAUCAGUAUUCGAUUCACAAAAUAAGUUGUAUCCUUUCUUCAAAGUUCUGUUUGAAAAUGAAGUUAAUCAAACAGAUAAUAAAGUCGAUCUAUUUAGAAAGACUAAUUCGGCAACAAGAUUUUUAACAUAUUUUGCUAAAGCUCACGGAAUUGAGUAUUUACGUGAAACUCUUCAACCAGUUUUAAAUGAACUUUUUGAAAAACCGCCUGAAUACAGUUGUGAACUAUAUAAAGAUAGACUAAGCCCAGAGGAAAAUUUCGAAGACAAUUUGAAAAAUCUUCAAGAGCUUGCGGAAGCUUUUAUAAACGCGAUUUGCGGUUCUAGUGAAAAAGUUCCCAGAUCCUUCCGUUAUAUAUGUCAUCACCUUGCAAAGGCUGUCGAAGUAAAGUUCCCAGAAUUAAAGCAUAGAAUAGUUGGGUCCUUUAUAUUUUUAAGAUUCUUUAACCCAACUUUAGUUGCUCCGGAUAAUAAAAACCUUUGUAAGCCCAUUGAAAAUAUGAAUAUUAAAAGAGCCCUUUUGUUGGUUACCAAGAUCAUUCAAAACCUUGCGAACGAUGUAAGAUUUGUGGCACCAUCUAUGAUGAUUAUGAAUAAUUUUUUAGAAAAGCACGCUAAAACAAUGAAAGAUUUCUUAGAAGAAAUUUCUCAAUUGCCAUAUUCGACACCAACAACUGAAUUAAAAGCUUCGGAUAUUACUCCAUGCAGAUUAGACGAAAAUGACAAAAAAUCUUUGCAUAAGCUUUUGCAUAAUAAUCAAGAAAAGAUGGCGAGAGAAUUAUCAGCACGAAGAGUUAAAUAUAGUUUUUUAGGAAUUUCAAUGGAUUCCGAACAAGCUCAGACUAAUAAAACGGCAUGGGAAAAACUUGGGACCUUACUAGCUCAAUUAGGUCCACCAGCAGAGCAACCAAGGAAAGAGACCAUUUAUGUUCACACACCUUAUUAUGACACAACAAAUCAUUUUUUUGGUGAAUUCAUGAGAAGGAAUAAAGGUCGUAAUUUGGAUUCGAUCGCAGAAAAGAGAAUAUUUUACGAAAGUGGUGUCUCAAGGGAAAGGCGCCCUGUAUUUUAUUAUAUCGCGCGAAGGUUAGAAGCCGAAGCGACAGAUAUUGAACUUUUAAUGUAUCAUGUGCUAAACACAAUAGAAUUUAGAAUGGGACAACCAUUUGAAGUGGUCGUUGAUUUAACCCAAUUUGGUUCUAACAACGAAGUUCAAUCUCAAUGGGUUCAACAAUUCAUCCAAAUCCAUCCGUUCGACAUUCAAGAAAAUCUUGCGAAAUUGUAUUUUUAUAAUACCAAUACCACCUUCAAGAAAUUUGUAAAGAAAUUAUCUCGUCCCUUAUCCCCUAAAAUCGCCAAGAAAACCUUAUUUUGUUGUAACCUAACCGAACUUCAUGAAUACAUUGCUCCAGGAGAAAUUGGUUUACCUAGGUCUACAACAAUAUUGGACACUGAUAACAAUGGUAUUAUUCACACACCUGUAACUAAAAUUUCGCAUUAUAGAAUGCAUAUUCCUGUCACAAUAAAAAUAAGUAGCGAAUUUAUCCAAAUCCUAACGCUAAGAAGACAAGAUUUGUUCUAUGGACUGAGUUGUCAAUUAAAUGAUGUUUAUCAUAUAUCGGAUAUCGAAGACAUAACUAACUCCACUCAUAGGAAUGAUGAUAACGAAUUUAUCAUCAAGCAAGAUCGUGGGAGACCUACAUACAUUUUUACGAGUCCAAAGCGAGAUGCUAUUAUGCAUGCAAUAAGGUCAUCAAAGGCGCGGUAUCAAAUAGCAAAACCAGUUAGCGUAACAGCAAGAACUAUAAGUCCAAGUGGUGUGCCCGGUACUCUGUUAAAUAUGUCCCUUUUAAACAUUGGAAGCCUGUGUAUACCCGCGAAUAAUAGUACAUUUAUCGAACAAUUGAGUGGAAGACUAGCCGUUUCUGAGACUGGUCUGACACUAGAAUUUCUGUCGGAAUUCUUUGUUGGAUUUUAUAAAUCCAAUACAUCACAGAAACAUUUAUGCCUCCAAUACAUGGCACCAUGGCUUUUGAAUUUAGCUCUAUAUUAUAGAAAUGGUUCUGAGCACCAACCGCAUCUUAAGAAGACGCGGGAUAUUAUUAAAAACUUGAUUUACAUGACAACUAAAGAGCCGGAGUUGUACACCGCAAUACUAUCAAGGGUGUGGUCUACCCUUAAAGGAGUUGAUGAGAUAACAAAUUUGAUAAUUGAUGAAUUCGUGGAAUAUUCUGUGCGUAACGGCAUCAGUUCGCCUUCGUCCGAAAUAAUUGCAAACACGAUUGUAACACUUUCUUCUGUAAAUUUUCGCGGUAAAAUCAUUGCAAGGCUUCGUAAGGUUAUUGCACUAACUUCAUCGAACCCAACAAGAACUCUCACAGAAAAUGUAGCGUGGCCGGAAAUUGCAGUCUUAAUAAGAUUCAAUCUUAUGCUCUCGUUUAACAACCGAGUGCAUAUCCAACUUUACCUGCCUGAAUUAUUCCAUAUAAUAACAACACUCAUUGCAACUGGUCCACCAUUUAUCAGAGCUUCAGUUCAUGGGUUAAUAGUGAAUUUGAUUCAAAGUCUUUGUACUGCACAACCCCUUGACCCAUCAAAUUUGAACCGGUUAAAUCUAUUAUUAACGGAAUUAUCAGAACCAAAUUUCAAAUUGUUUUUUGGAUUAAAUAAUGUACCGGAGAACGCUUUUGAAAUAACGGGAGAUUCCGUUGCUAACUUACCAGAUGAUAUGCCGCUCAGCUCUUUGGAAACUAUCGUUCAGGCUCUUUUGGAAGUCAUGAUUUGUGGUGCUCCUUCUGUUGAUGUGUCAAAUACAUGGAGAGCUCGUUGGAUGGGACUUGUCGCAAGUACAGCAUUUCAACAUAAUCCAGCAAUACAACCAAGAGCGUUUGUUGCGUUAGGUUGUUUGGCAUGCGAAGAAGUUGACGAUGAUCUUCUAUAUCAAAUAUUAGUGGCAUUAGGAGGAGCAUUAGAUAAUUUUUCUGAAAAUGAUUGCUCCUUAAUUCAAAGUAUAAUAAUGUGUUUAACGAAUAUAGUUGAAAAAUUAUCAAGAGAAUCACAAUACCUUCGAUCAAUGUUUUGGUUAACUAUGGCACUUAUUCAGAUUGGUCACAUUCCAAUAUUUCAAAGCGCUGUUAAUCUACUACAAGUGGUAUUGAGAGCUUUGGAAGCUCAAAACUUCUUUGUAGAAAAUGAUCUUGUAACAUUCUUAUUAAGUUCAAGAAGACCUUUAGAAAAAGUAACAAUGGAGAUGGAUAUAGAAGCAGGAAUUAAUUAUUCGCAUUUUUCAUUUGCCGUUGCUGCAGUUUUAUUAAAAGGAUUAAAAAACCCUUUAACAAAGACUUCAACUCAGGCAGCCUUACUCGUAUUUUUAGAUAUAGCAGCAAAAGGUGUUAAUCCUAAAAAUAAUAUAAUUAGUUCAAGUAUGCUAGGAUAUUUAGCAGCCCUAUUACCAAUGUCAGCAAAAGAUGCUGAUAUGAAAGGAUUACUUGGACUAGUUGGAAUAUCGGACAUUGAUGUUGAUGACACAGAGCUACAAACAUAUUUUAAGAUAUUUGAAAAACUUGAGAUUCCGGAUAAUCGAACCGCUUUGCUUUUAAUCUCUUUAAUGGUUACAAUGUUACAUCAUGCUGAAAGUGAAGCUGAAAGUCUAUUCUUGUAUGGAUUUUUGUCAGAAGCGGCGAAAAUUGUUCCGGAAUCAUUCGCCUUAAUUUAUGAUACUCUACUGCCAAAAAUGAGCCACAUUGUGUCGACCAGUGACACGAUAUCAAUAUUGGAUGCAAUACAUUCAAUACUUUACACCGUUGUGUCCGAACCUCUUUACAAAAGGUCAAAUGAUAAUCAAUACUCUUAUUUAUCAGAAAUUGGAUUUAAUCAUUUAAUGGAUUGUGGAUCCUUUCAAAAUGUAACAAGUGAGAAAAAGGCCAUUAAUGCUGGAUUAUCUAAUAUGGAUAUGGAUCAACAUAUUGCAAAGUACUUGGUGAAUCACCGUUAUACAAAUUGGAAUAUUUCAGGACUCCUACAAGAUUUAUCUGGAAAAAUUGACUUCACAAAUGUUGAUGCUACAAAUAUUCUUAAUGCCUUUCGAUAA